CUCGCCAGGAUGGGGAAGAGAAGGGGGAGUUUCCAAGAGGGAACUUGACCCGUUAGGAGCCGCGGCCAUGACGGCGCGCUCUUCGCCUUCACAGUUCCCUCUGCCCUCAGGGCGACAGUCAGGCCCCAGGUCCCCACGUGUUGGGCGGGGACCUGAGGUACAUGCAGUGCGCAGCGAGGCCUCGGGUCUUGCCGGCGCAGCGCGAGAGCCAGUCCUGGACAAGAGUGAUAUAUCCUGGCGGGGCGAAGAAGGGUCAGGGGGCCGGCGAGGGCCAGGGCGGGUAGUUCUGGUUCAUGCUCCCGUCCUCAGCGCGCCCUCGGGGUCUCGGCGGCUAGAGGAGCUCUCGGUAGAGGAGGCGAUGGUGACCCGGACGGAGCUGCUGGAGAAAGAGCUGAGCAGCCUAAAGGAGGAGCUGGCCCUGUGUCAGGCUGAUAAAGAAUUUGUAUGGUCUUUGUGGAAGCGUCUCCAGGUGGCAAACCCAGAUCUCACACAUGCAGUCAGUUUGGUUGUGGAAAGAGAAAAACAGAAAUCUGAAGCAAAAGACAGAAAAGUUCUAGAAAUUCUGCAAGUCAAGGAUGCUAAAAUACAAGAAUUGGAACAGAGAGAAUCAUUACUAAAACAGGAAAUAAAUGACCUUGUAAAACGGAAGAUUGCAGUAGAUGAAGAAAAUGCUUUUUUCAGGAAAGAAUUCAGUGACUUGGAGAAGAAAUUUAAAGAUAAAAGUCAAGAAGUUAAGGACACUAAGGAGUGUGUACAGAAUAAAGAAGAGCAAAACAGACUAGUUAUAAAAAGUCUGAAGGAGGAAAAUGAGAAAUUAAGUACCCGCUGCACAGACUUGCUAAAUGACCUGGAGAAACUGAGGAAGCAAGAAGUACAUUGGAGAAAAGAAAAAUAUAGCAUUGAUGCAAAAAUAAAGAUCUUUGAAGACAGUUUAUUUGAAGCAAAGAAAGAAAUUGAAGUAUCACAGAGUAAAUAUAAUGCCCUAUCAUUACAGUUGAAUAAUAAACAGACUGAACUUAUUCAAAAGGAUAUGGAUAUUACCCUGGUCAGGAAGGAGCUGCAGGAGCUGCAGAAUCUUUACAAACAAAACAGUGCACAUACGGCACAACAAGCAGAGCUGAUCCAGCAGCUUCAGGUUCUCAAUAUGGAUACCCAAAAAGUACUGAGAAAUCAGGAAGAUGUUCACACAGCUGAAAGUAUAUCAUAUCAAAAACUUUACAAUGAAUUACAUAUUUGUUUUGAGAAAACAAAAUCAAAUGAAGCUGUGCUUCGGCAAAGUGUUAUUACUCUUCAGGAUCAGUUAUUUCAAAAAGAGCAAGAAAAUGCUAAAUUAAAAGAAAAACUUCAUGAAUCCCAAGGAACAACUUAUCCUUUACCUCAAGACAGUGAUUCAGACCACUCAGCACAGGUAUCUCAACAGCCAUCCUUAUCGAGUUUGGAAACAUUAAUGGUUUCACAGAAGUCUGAAAUUGAGUAUUUACAGGAGAAACUGAAAAUAGCAAAUGAAAAACUGUCUGAGAACGUAUCUAGUAACAAACAGUUUUUGGAGAAAAGCAUCAUGACAAGUGCUGAAGUAAAACAUAAGGAACCACCUGUGAAACGUUCAAGGUCUUUGUCCCCAAAGAGCUGUUUCACAGACUCAGAGGAGCUAAGGAAGCUGAGAGAAGCUGAAAGAAAGAUUGAAAACUUAGAGAAGGCAGUACAACUAAAGAGCCAAGAAAAUGAUGAGCUAAGAGAUGCCCAUGAAAAACGCAAGGAAAGGCUACAGAUGUUACAGACCAACUACAGAGCAGUAAAAGAGCAAUUAAAACAGUGGGAAGAAGGCAGUGGCAUGAAUGAAAUUAGAAAGAUAAAGAGAGCAGAUCCCAAACAACUUCAACAAGAAGAUUCCGAUGCUGUAUGGAAUGAACUGGCAUAUUUCAAAAGGGAAAACCAGGAGCUAAUGCUUCAAAAGAUGAAUCUUCAAGAAGAAUUGGAUGAACUUAAAGUACAAAUAUCUAUUGAUAAGGCAACAAUACAAGAAUUGAAUAGGUGUAUGGCAGAGAAAAAAGAAGAACAUCUCUUUAGAUACAGCGAAGAUGAUGAGGUCAAGACGAGUACUCCAGAGAAGAAUGGGAAAGAAAUGUUGGAGCAGACAUUACAAAAGGUCAUUGAGUUGGAAAAUCGACUAAAAUCUUUUGAGAAAAGGUCAAGAAGAUUAAAGGAAGGGAAUAAAAAAUUAAUGAAAGAAAAUCAUUUCCUGAAAACUCUCUUAAAAGAGCAUCAAGAAGAUGCAGAGACCAGAGAGAAAGAGCUAGAACAGCUAGUAAAGGAAAUUAAAGAUGUAGAAAAAGAAAAAACUGAACUUCAAGUAAAAAUCAUUGAGCUGGAGAGAGAAGUCACUUCCUUACAGAGACAAGUGGCAGAAGCUAAUGCAUUGAGAAAUGAAAAUGAAGAGCUCAUGAACUCGGUGGGGAAAGUGCACCAGUUAGCACACAAAGCUAAACCUGAGAUGGCCACCAUGCAAGUGAGAUCUGGACAGUCUGACUGUAAGACAACCACUACCAAGGUUAAAUUUAAAGCUGCCAAGAAAAAGUGCUCUGUGGGUCGUCGCUACACUAUUCUCAAUCACUCCAUCAAGGUUAUGAGCAAUGUGUUUGAGAACCUCAGCAAGGACGGAUGGGAGGAUGUGAGUGAAAGCAGCAGUGAUUCUGAAGCACAGACCUCUCAAAAUUUGGGAACAAUUAUUAUAGAAACAUCCCAGAAAGUAAGUCCUACAGAAGAUGGAAGAGACCAGAAAGAAAGUGAUCAAACAGAAGAUAGCCAAACACAAGGAAAAGAAAUAGUACAAACAGGCUCAAAUAUAAGUGGCGAGACCCCAAAGGAUAAUUUUCAUUGUAAGAAUACCAAAAAACCAACUUUUCAAAAGAAGAAUGGUAGUAUGCAAAAGAGCAUACAGCAUUUACAUACAGCAUUUCCUACUGGAGUCAACCGAGAAAAGUACAAAAAUGUGCCUACCCAGAAAUUAAGUAGCAGCAUUAUCUCAUUAAGAGAACGGAUUACAUCCUUGCAACAACAAAACAGUGUACUUCAGAAUGCCAAAAAAGCAGCAGAAUUGUCUGUUAAAGAAUAUAAGGAAGUUAAUGAAAAGCUUCUCCAUCAACAGCACGUAUCUGAUCAACGAUUUCAGACAAGCAGACAGACCAUAAAGAAGCUAAGUUCAGAUUUGGAUAGUCUUCGGAAAGAAAAGGAAGAUUUGUUAAAGAAAUUGGAGUCUUCAUCUGAAAUGACCAGUUUAGCAGAAGAAGUUUCCCGAGUAACAGUUCCACGGGUACAGGUUACAUCAUUUGGUCCUUCAAGGAGCAUGGAUUUGGAAUUUAAGCAAUUGCACUGUAAACUAAAGAAUGCAACUAAUGAACUCACUAAACAGUCAUCAAAUGUGAAGUCUCUAAAAUUUGAACUCCUCUCAAAAGAAGAACACGUAAAGGAAAUGCAUGAGAAGAUAUCUCGAAUGGAGAGGGAUAUAACUAUGAAAAGACAUUUGAUAGAGGACUUGAAAUUUCGACAGAGAGUAAAUUUGGCAAGUAAUGAGAAUUUUAAUGAAAUGUUAGAAAAUCUUGAAAAAAAGAUAAAGACAUUAACUGAAGAGUGUUCCAACAAGAAGGUAUCAAUUGAUUCACUAAAGCAAAGACUUAAUGUUGCUGUAAAAGAGAAGUCACAAUAUGAACAGAUGUAUCAGAAAACAAAAGAGGAGUUAGAAAAAAAGGAUAUCAGGCUUACUCUCCUGGUAUCAAAAUUAAAUGAGACUGAAUCUGCAAUGACAGAAAUUGAAACAGCAGCGUCUAACCAGCUUCAAGCAUUAGCUGUGCAAAGUGAGCAGGCCCUAGAAGGUGUACAGAAGAAAUUGCUGUUAGCCAAUGAGAAAGUGGAAGAGUUCACCAUAUUUGUGAAGGCUUUGGUAAAAGAGUUACAAAGUGAUGUUAAUGUAGUAAGGCGACGAAUCAAAGAGCUUAAAAAAAUGAAAAAAAACAGGGAUUCUUGCAAAACCUCAACCCACAAAGCUCAAACCUUGGCAGCUUCUAUCCUGAACAUUUCACAGUCAGAUCUAGAAGAAAUACUAGACACAGAAGAUGAAGUGGAAAUUGAAAAGAUAAAGACAGAUGCUGAAAAUGAUAAGGAAUGGCUGCUACACAUUCAGAGACUUCUUGAAGGACAGCUUCCUUUUGCCACAUCUUUACUAGAAGCAGUACUGGAGAAAAUAAAUGAAAAAAAGAAACUAGUUGAAGUAUAUUUCACAAUUAUGAAAGAUAUUAGAUGAUAUUAAAACAGAGAGCUUUAUCUCAAAUGUGAAAACUUUUUAUGUGGUGUGAUUGGGAAAAAUGUUCAUUGCAAUCCUGAUACAGUAUUCUGCUCCAACUAUCAAUAGUUAGGUUCAAUACUAAAAUAAGAAGUCUCUGAAACGAACUGCUGAAUAAGUGAAACUAAUUAAGUGCAUAGCCAUUUAAGACAAAACCAUGUAGCAUUUGUUUGUUGAAUGCAAAUAUUGCCACAAAUCAAUGAAAACUUAAAAAUAAUUUUCCUUCCAGUGAAUUAAAAGAAACUGGAACUAGCUUAGCACAAACAAAUCGCUUUGAGCAUAAAAAAAGAAAGUGUGAACUAAGAACUUAAUGUUUUAAGUGUUGUAAAAAAAGUGGACUUCUUACAUUAAAUUGCUAUAAAUGGGCAUACAUGAUCCAGUGAGCAGCACGUUUGUAUUUUAAGCAAAUAUGAAAUGCAUCGUAACUUAAGGAUGAGCAUUUAAUGGAAUAAACCAUGUGAUCCAAUUUCAUCUGUUCUUAUUGACAUAUUGGAUUACAUAGGUGAUACUGCAUUUUUCUAAACUAUUUGGCAAAAAUAAAAACAUCUUUUCUCUCUCUUUUAAAUUCACAAUACUGUACUUUGCAUGGUCGUGGAAUAUUAGCAAGAGACCACAAGCCCAGACUAGACCUAACAAAACUCCUACUGUUUUGAACUAAAAUUCCAUUUUUAACAGUGAUGUCAUCCUUAUUUAGAUUCGUAAAUAUUCCCACCUCAUUUUACCUCUUUGCUGUGUUCCUUCCAUACCUUUUUGGUUCUUCUGAUUCACCAAACUUAUGCUUGCCUUCCACAUUUGCCCUUGGAAUUCUCUGUUAUGAAAAUACUCCAUGCCCUGCUUUCCUUAUGGCUGCCUCCUUCUCGUCAUUUGAGUUCCCCUUUCCCUCUCCCUCAGGGCCACAUUCUCUGGCCAUACUACUGUUUAAUUUCCUUAUAGCACAAAAUUGUCUAUCUGUUCACUUACUAAUUUUCCUGUUUUCUCCUUCUCCCCCUUUCGAAUGUAGGCCCCCUGAAAAUAAUGUGGGGAUUGGCCAAACCUGUCCUGUCACCUGCUAUGUAUGGCCUACAAACUAAGAAUGCUUUUUACAUUAUUAAAUGAUUUUUUAAAAGAAGAUAAUAAUAUUUUUUAGCAUGUGAAAAUUACAUAAAAUCUAAAUUUUGGUGUCCAUCAAUAAAGUUUUAUUGGAACACA